CGCCAUUACUGCCAUCAUCAUAUCUUUCACGACCCCUCUAUUUACUCGCCAUUAUGAUCUCUACUUCUACCAUGACUCGCGCCGCGCGUGUUGUUAUGCAAGGCUAUCUUACAGCCUCGUUUUUCAAAGAAAUCGUCAUCGACCACACUAUUCAGGUCGUGUCCGAAUUAGAGGAGGUCUCCGUUAGCCUCGUAACAUUCACUGUCUGCUUCUCGACAGGCGUCCUUCUUCAAGCCUCUGCCAAAGCUGCUCGACAAUUCCUCAGCGAUGAUUUCCAACGCGUCCCCGCUCCCAAGGACCAUACCGCUGGACUCGACGCAUUUGCUGGAGGCAACAUUUUGGACGCGAUCUCAACAACCAAGGCUUUCGGAACACCAGCUCGGUCAUCCUCGUCGCGUGCAGUGAUUGAAUCAACCGAACCCACCUUUGAGGCUCCCACCAAAGACUUAUCGACGACUGAUUCUGACACGACGCUCAUAGCCCACGAUGCGGAGUUAGCUGUCUCAGACGUCGAGUCGCUUGCUGACGAAAGCACUUUCUACGAGGACGACUGCCAGGCUACAGCGCACUGCCUUGCAGACGAUGAACCGGACCACACUUUGCACGUCGGAUACGACCCACAAUCUAUCGACAAUCUAAUCAGAAGAUUUUCAGCUAUUUCUCUCGACGAUGUACCCGCUCAUUUAUCAGCGAUUUCUCUCGACAAUGUAUCUCUUCAUUUAUCAUCCACCUCUCUCGACGAUGUAUCUUCUCAUUUAUCUACUCUUUCCCUCGACAAUGUACCCACGAACUUAUCAGCCAUUUCUCUCGACAAUGUAUCCUCCGAUUUAUCCAUUUCUUCUCUCGACGAUGUACCGUCUCAUUUAUCAACUCUUUCCCCGGACGAUGUGUCCUAUCAUUUAUCCAUUCCUUCUCUCGACGACGUGUCCUAUCAUUUAUCCACUCCUCUCGACAAUGUACCUUCUCAUGUAUCCACUCCUUCUCUCGACAAUGUAACAUCUCAUUUAUCAAGCAUCUCCCCGGACAAUACAUCCUCUCAUUUACCCACUCCUUCUCUCGACAAUGUAGCUUCUCAAUUUUCUCUCGACGUACCCUCCCAACUAUCAACUAUUGGACGACAUCACACUCUACAAGACCACGCUAUCGACAUCCUACCUGAUUCAUCUCAGCCUCCGAAGCUUCGGCCAACCAUACCUGUAAUUCUUCCUCUCGACGGUUCCCCUCAGUCAUCGAUUUGUCAUCCCCAACGCACUCUAGUACACGACCACUCUAUCGACAAUCUAAUCAGAAAAAUAGCAGCUCUUUCCCUUGAUGAGGUCCCUUCUCGAUUAUCAACACUUCGCCCGCAUCACGCUAUACACAACCACGCUAUCGACGCUCUACUGCCAACAUCAGAAGCUCUUACUCUCGACGACGACCAUGCUAUCGACAACACAGAAGUUCUUACUCUCGACGACAAUCACACUUUCGACGCUCUAUUGCAAAGCCCAGACGCUCUUACUACCCUACACGACGACACUAUCGACGAUUUACUUCAAAAGAUGGAAGCGCUUACUCUCGACGAUAACCCCCAUUAUACUCUCAGUCCUCGACACUUACUCCGCUAUGCAUCUUACACGACGAUAGCCGUUCUUGAUCCUCGGAAUUUCAACUACGACUCACCCUACACGACGAUGCUAUCAACGCCAUACUUCGACAUGUGGAACCUCUUAUUCUCCACGAUAGUCCCUCGCAGUCGUCAAAACUUCGACUACUAGCACAUUAUCGAUAUCCUACUAGCCGCUAAACUCCACGCGACGUCUACGAAUGGUGAGUAGCCCACCCAUAUACUCUCACCUCCCUUACUAAU